AUGCAAAUCCUGGCACAUCUUUCUCAGGAACUUCUGAAAUGUUAUCACAAAUCACACCUUCUGAAUGAACUAAACAAGAUGAUCAUAAUAUCGAGAAUUGCAUUGCAGCUAGUUCCUGAUGAUCAUGAACACAAAUGGGCAUAUUGGGGCAUGCUUGCAGAUGCCUUACAUAGGCAAUUUCAACAUACUAGGGAUCUUACAUAUCUUGAUCAAGCCAUUGCUGGAGCAGUGCAGCUGACAUCAAAUGAUCCUGAGAUGCUGAACGACCUUGGAAACUUCUUCUCAAGGCGCUUUAGGCAUCUUCAAAACCUUGCAGAUGUGAACCUGGCCAUUGCUGUAUGGCAAAAAGCAAUGCAGCUGACACCUGAUGAUAAUGCAAAAAAGCCUCAUGUGCUCAACAAUCUUGGAAACUCCUUCUCAAGUCGCUCCAAACAUCUUGAUAACCUGACAGAUCUUGAACAGGCCAUUGCUAUGCAGCAAAGAGCAAUGCAGCUGACAUCAGAUGAUCAUGCAGACAAGCCUGGCAUGCUUACCAAUCUUGGAACCUCCUUCCGCAUGCACUUUGAACAUCUUGGUGACUUUGCAGAUGUUGAACAGGCCAUUGCUAUGCAGCAAAAAGCAGUGCAGCUGACACCAGAUGAUCACGCAGACAAUAUCACAAACUUAGGACGCAGAGCGCCGACUAAGCCUAUGACCUUACAAUCAAACACUUACUGA